UUCAGCAGGUCGUCUUGACCAUGUCUACAUGCCCUGAAUGCAGCGAGUUGCACCCAUGUGAUUGGUCAACUAGAUAUUUGGAUUAACAAGCAGUUGAACAGGGAUGCGUGACCCCGGAGGCGGAAAUGCAACCCGGAAGUUUUUCAAAGGUGCACAGGCAGCGAAAGGACGGGACGGUUGAUACGGAAGAAGAAGUGCUGUGUUUUCAGCCCAGCUGGACCCAGUUUAAGCCCCCACUGGGGCUCAAGAUGCGCUGCGAGGUUACACAGCCGGCGGAGAGCUAAUCUGAAGAAACAUGGAAGCGAAGUUCGGCAGCGAAGUGGCGUCGAUCGUGGAAGUCGCCAUCCGAGCGACUGUGUCUGUGUUCAGGGACGUGCUGGCGAAAGAGGCGCCAAACACGGAGUGGGAAGAGGCGAGGAUGGGCGAGAUCCAGGAGAUAGAGAAGUGCCUGGUGGUGGAGAUCCACAGAGUGUUCACGGAGCUCUCCGCGGAGCUGCUAGAUGAGAACGAGGCUUUGCGGGCUAAGGUGGAGCAGCUGGAGGACGUGCUGCAGAGGAAAGCCGGGCAGCUGGAGCAGGAGCUGGAGGCCAGAGUGGGGCAGCUGGGCAGAGACAUGAAGCAGCUGGAGAAGGAACUGAAGACCAUCAGCGAGGGCCCGACUCACGUCCUGCUGCAGGACGGCUCCGUGAUGGGAGGUCCUGUGCUGUCAGUUACCAGUCUGGGUGCUCCACAGUCGGCUGCAGAGGAAUCAAUUUCAGACUCUCUGCUGGUUUCAGCAGGAUCUCCUGAAGUCGUCCACAGCUCCACGGCUGCAUCAGCGACCGUCCCCAAACCUGCGGUUGCCCCGAUUGUGUUUGUGGGCGGAGUCAGCUCCGCUCCCACCGUGCUGUUGGUUGGUGCCAGCCAAGUAAUAGCGGAGUCCUCAACCGUCUCCGAAGCAACAGGACCCGCAGCGUUCCUACUCAAACCGGCAGCCUCGCCGGGCUCUACACCUCAAGACGUCCCCAGUCCAGACUCCAGUACCGUCAGCGGUCUCGACUCGAUGCAGGAAAAGAAGUCUUUGGAAGAAGAAGCUUCAGCGAGAACUAGGAGAACAAGAAGGGCAGCUGUUAAGAGUGAAACAGUUUCCGCUGACAACGCCGCUGAAGAGAAACAAAACAAGUUGGAUGACGAGCAGGGCAGACGGCUGAGGAAGAAAGAUUCACAGACAGCGAGGCGGUUCUUCUGUGAGCACUGCGACCUUGGUUUUCACUGGAAAGGUGAAUUAAAGAAACACAUGAAGGUCCACAAGAAGCCUUUUCCUUGUGAUAAGUGUGGCAGGAGUUUCCUGGAAAAGACAUCUCUGGAAAAUCACCUUUUGCGCCAUGAGGCGACUAAAGCCCCGCUGCCCUUCCCGUGUCCUCAGUGUAAACGAUCGUACAGGAAAGAGGAGUCGCUUCAGAACCACCUCAAACGUCACCAGCGAUCCAAACCUCCGAAGCCGUUCUCCUGCGAUCAGUGCGGGAAAACGUUCAGAAUUAAGCAGUCUCUGGAAAACCACCUCUUACGCCACGAGAAAUGGAAACAGCUGCUGAAGUGCCAGCUCUGCGAGAAGACCUGCAAGACGUCGGUUCAGCUCAAGUGUCACAUGGCCGUGCACUCGGAAGAAAGACCUUUCAGCUGCGCAACAUGCGGGAAGGAGUUCAAGAGUAAAGACACGCUUCGCUUCCACCAGAUGGUUCACACAAACACCAAAAAAUAUAAAUGCACCAUGUGUGACGAGACUUUCAAAUAUGCCCACUCGCUGACCGUGCACAAGAGGAAACACACGGGCGACAGUCCGUUUGUGUGUCCCGUGUGCAACAGGUCGUACCGGACCGGCACGGCGCUGAAAAGACACAGUGUGGUCCACACGGGAGAGAAGCCCUUCACCUGUCACGUAUGUGGAGCGAGGUUCAGUUUGAAUAACAACCUGAAAAGGCAUCUUCGCAUUCACACGGGAGAAAAGCCGUUCGGCUGUCAGGAGUGCGGCAAGAGCUUCUCGGACAACAACAAGCUCAAGUCCCACAUGCUCAUCCAUGGUGCCAGAAAGCCUUUUAUGUGCGACCUGUGCGGGAAGACCUUCCUCUUCAACUGCAGGCUGCAGAUACAUCAGAGGUAUGUGCAUGCCGACAGGAACGAGCAGUCGGACGGCGCACAGAAUUUCUGCCAGGCUCGCCGCCAGAACAAGUCGCUGGUUAAACCAUACAGCUGCAAAAUAUGCCUGAAAGGCUUCAGCGCCGCGUGCUCGCUCAAACUUCACGAAAAAGGCCACAGCGAGCACAAAGAGUUCAACUGUGGCAUCUGCGGGAAGUCUUUCCAUAACAAAUACUCUUUCAGCUAUCAUCAGCGGAGCCACACGGGCGAGAAGCCGUUUGUUUGCGACGUGUGCGGAAAGAGGUUUUUCCACGCUGCUAGUCUGAAGCAGCACGAGCGCAUUCACACAGGCGAGAAGCCGUACAAGUGUGACCAGUGCGGCAAGUCCUUCAGGACGGACGGAAACUUCUAUAGGCACAUGCGGAUCCACACGGGGGAGAAGCCUUUUGAGUGUACGUUCUGUCACAGGAAGUUCCACCAGUCUAAUCAGCUCAAGUCCCACCUGCAGAUCCACACGGGCCAGAAGCUCUACUCGUGCCAGCAGUGUAACCGAGGCUUCUCCGAUUCGAGGCAGCUCAAGAAGCACAGCUGUGACGCCCCGUAGGCGUUGUGACGACGCCAUCACCUGGUCAGCAAUAGGAAUAAUGAAUGAAAAGGAGGCAUUAGUUACCUACAGGCCCAGUGUCCUUUUUGUCUAAACUUUUGCUUACUGAACAAAGACGUUUUCACACAUGAAGACCAGAGAAUCCGGAAUAUCGUCUGAAGCUGCCCUUUCCCACAUGGAGCGCUGAGCAGGAAAUCAUUUGAACCGGAGGCAUUCGCAUUUCAAGAAAUGCACAGUUCAGUGAAAGUGUGGGUCCCCCCCUCAGGCAGAGCAUCCCAUAGACAUCCAUUCGCUAUCUACCCUUUCUCACAUGCAUGCUGUCAGACAUUAAUAAGAGUUUAAUGUCCAGACUGCAUCGUGCACCUCCGUCAGUUAACCUCUUCUUCAUCCACCUGGUUGUUUUUUAGGGUUAGUGGUAGGUUUGGAGAUUGGUACCCAGAUGCUGUGGCCAAAAUGCCUGGGAGAGACUUCAUAUCAAACAUAACAUCUCUAUGUUUGUAUGACUUAACCCUAAUCCUACCCCUAAGUAACUCUGCAGUGACCACGUGGUUUUUAAAGGUACUCACUGUUUAAAAUUCUUUAAAAACCUUCUAAAAUUAACUAAAGCUGUUACGGCUUCAUGUCCAAGUCACCUGUGUACUGUUAGAGAUCACAGCUGAAGUUAAAGUAGGGCUGCACGUACCACGAGAUGAUGCGAUAAGUCAACCAGGCUAAUUAUUACGAGCGGGUUCUUCUUUACAGCGGCGGUGACCUGCGGAAGUGCAAAAAAUGCAAUCUGAAAACAGUCCACACACCCAUUGGUUAAACGGCGCCCCCUGUAGGUGAAAGUUGGAGUUAAAAUUUUCACAGGGGACCUACAAAAAGUACCUUUAAGAGGUUAACAUAUCAAAAAAAUUCAGUGCUUGAUUAACUGACGAUUAAACGUUGCUGCUCUUGCUGGUCGCUGUCGGAAAUGUUACAAACAUUGAAACUAACUUCAUAUUUUACGAAUGCGAUGCCAUUCGGGUCUGAGACAGCUCGAUGUUUCAGAACCCUCGAUGUCUCUCUGUGACAGCAAAGUGGAAGAAAGUCAAUCCCACUAACCAGCACAGUUCUGUAUAACUUCAUACCACAGGAACGGUUGUGUAUUCUAUGUUUUGUGUCAGAUUAAACUGACAUCUAUCCACUCGACUGCAGCGCCACGUGAUCACGUUCAGCACAGGCGUGAAAGAAGCAAAGGUCCUCCUACGAGGAAGUCUUACAGCUCAGCGGCCUUCUCUUAUCAGUUAUUUUAAAGCUGUGAUGUAAAUGCAAGUGGAAAGAUUCGUUAACUUAUAAAAUCACCAAAUCUCAUUUAAAAAUGCUUAAAACUACACACAGUUUUACGACCUCGGUGCUCGCUCAACGGUUCAGUCCAGAGUGCCGACACGUUUCAGUCCGCGGAGCUCUGAAGAAAUACACAAACACACUGUACGUGUUUGUUACGGUAAUGAAUGGUUGUGAACCUCUGCAUCAUUACAGCAACUUGAUUGGCUGACAUUUUCUGUUUCAGCUGCUGAUUGGCUCUUUCUCCCAUAGACUCAUCCUUAUGCAGUGUCUGUUCUAACACUGCAAACACUGUGUGUGUUUUACACAGUGCAAGGCGCCACACAUUUCAGUGACAGUUAGUGAGAAUAAUUUGGUUAAUGGUUUCAAAUGGCUCUUUAAUACAAGUCCAGUAUCUGUAAGAACAAUAUUUGAGUUUCAGAUUAGUCCGCUGGUCUGCUUUUGUUCCCGUUGUUAAGCUGCUGCGCUGAUCUUUGCAUUGCACUGAGGAGAGCUGGUGCAGUUUGCCUUAUGAUCCCAGUUUGUUGACAGAAUGGGGAAAUUUACUUUUGAUUAGAGAUGCACUGAAAUUUUGGUGACAGUCUGGACUGUCAUGUUAAAACUAACAAUAGAAGUAAUUUCAAAUAAAAUUACAGUCUUUAAACGUGGUCAGAAAUAAGAUCAGCCGCUGAUUUACAUAAAUGUCAUCUUAUUUGCUGAUAUCGGCCGAUACUGAUCUGUGCAUCCUUCCUAAGGGACGGGUACUGCUCACUCUUUAGAUGUUAGAGUUAAGGGAUCAAUCCAAAGGUGAUUUAAUUGCAGUAAAUAUGAUUUCAGCUCUUGUUUCAAUAGAGGUUAGCAGCAUUGUUUGUGGCAUUUUUUUUUUUUUUUAUGUUAUGAUUUUGCUUCUUUAACCUCAGCUGUUUAAAAGCCUGGUGAAACCUAAAACUGGAGAUAUUGAGGUGGGACACAUGUUGAGAUGUUUUAAAGGUGAUGUAGGAGUCAGCCACUAAACCCAUUUUUCUUUUGCCAGUUGAUACUAAAUUGGGCAUUUUAAUUAAUUUUUAUUUUGAAAGAUUUCUUAAACUGUAUUAAGUUUUGUGAAUUCGUAAAAAUCCUGUUGAAUACCAUUAAGAUGUUAUUUUCAAAAUAGAAAUCAAAGUGUAAAAUGACUUUCUAUUUCA